GUCUGCUCUGAGGAAAGUUGUGCCACUCCAUCAACUUUUUCUUUGUCCAGUAACAUGGCCACCAGAAAAGUCAUUGCAGUGUUUGGAGCAACAGGAGCUCAGGGUGGCUCUGUGGUCAGGGCCAUUUUGGAAAACAAACAGUUUGCAGUGAGAGCACUGACCAGGGAUGUGGCUCGACCAAAUGCUGUACUGCUCAAGGACCUUGGUGCUGAGGUGGUGAGAUGUGACCUGAAUGACAAAGCUUCUGUGGAGGCUGCCUUAAAAGGUGUGCAUGGAGCCUUUCUGGUGACCAACUUCUGGGACGAUUUCAGCAAAGAGAAAGAAGUGUGUCAGGGAAAGGUGGUGGCAGAUGUGUCCAAGCGCCUGGGUCUGAAGCAUGUGGUGUUCAGCGGCCUGGAGAAUGACCUUAAUUCCUUCCUUAAUUCCCAAGGGUUCAAGGCACUGCCCAUGGGGGACAUACCAAUGCAUGGUAUCUCUGUUGCUGAUGUUGGAGCAGUUGUCGCUAGCAUUUUUAAUUCUCCAGAGCAGUUUUUGGGCAAGGCUGUGGGCCUCAGUGCAGAAGCACUAACAGUACAGCAGUACGCUGAUGUUUUGUCCAAGAGUCUGGGGAAAGAAGUCCGAGAUGCAAAGAUCACCCCGGAAGCAUAUGAGAAGCUGGGAUUCCCUGCAGCGAAGGAAUUGGCCGAUAUGUGUCGUUUCUAUCAUAUGAAGCCAGACCGUGAUGUCAAGCUCACCCACCGCCUAAACCCCAAAGUCAAAAGCUUCAGCCAGUUUAUCUCAGAGAACCACAGAGCCUUGAAAGACUUGUAGAAACACGAGCUGUUCAAAUAGGCCCUGACCACCCAGCCUCCUUCCUCUCAGUCCUGUUGUUCCUCUUUGCAACAUAACAUCCACAUUUACAGAAUGGAAAUAUCCGAAGGCAAUUAUUUGUAGUCUCUCUUCAGUAGGAAGCAUUGCAUUGAUAAUUUGACAUAGUAAUUUGAUUCACAUGUAACUUUCUAGCUAGUGGUAAGGGUAGUAGAGUGUUUGGUUAAGUGAGAAGCUCCAAACUUACAUCACCUUCUCUCUUUCUCCCAGACAGCCAAGUCAUCUUAGAGGGCUGUGGCCUGAGGAGGAAUGUGGAGUACCUUCCCUAAGAUGAAUGGGGGCUACUCACUUUCCUCCAGAGUUAGGGAUCUCAAGCCUCAGCUCUGAAAUUCCCCUAAGUGGUCCCAUUUCUUCAAGAGCAUUGCAAAAUUCUCAGUAAAUUUUAAGUAACUUGAAUUUUUAAAAACAAAGAUCUUUGUGGAGAACUUUCUGGAAAGCAUGGUGUUCAAUGAAUAAGUACAACAAUUAGAAAGUCUAAAAUUGAGUUUUGCUUCAAGGUGGGAUUUUAUUCUUGGAUUCAUUCAUUAAGCCAUCUAUCAGAUCAUCAUUCAGUUAUCUAUUCUUUGGUCUAUCCUUCAUUUAUCUACUCCAUAGCUUUUUAGUGUCAGCACUGGUGGUGCAUUUGUGGACUUCAUUCAUUCCUUUCCUGUGCAUUUUCUUACUGGUCUGGUCCACUCACUAAGGAUUUGUGGUUCCAGCUCAUUGUUUUGUUGGGUUUGGGUCAUGCCAGGACUGGAAGAGCCAUCCAACCAUUUAGCUCCAAGUGAAAUCUGAAGGCCAGGAAGCUGGAGGCAAGGCCUCCAAGGAUAGGGAAGUAGAAUGAUGAGGUGAUAGAAGGGCCCUCCCGGAACUUUUGUAUAUCUCUGGCUUAGUAUCUUCUACCCCAUAUUGUAAUUGUCUUAUGCACUAGUCUCUUUCCUGGCUGUGAGUGACCUGCACUCUUUAUCCUGCUGCCUGGUACACAAUAGAUAAUUAAUAAAUAUUGAU